UCGCGGGCUGGGCGCAGGCGGGGCCCGGCGCCCCCGCGCGUUGGGAGAGCCGCGUCCGCCUAGGGGAGGAUUGAGGGCCACCAGAUGGUGCUUCGGUCCCGUGGGCUCGAGGGUCGCCUUCGCACCUGCGCCUAACUCCACCCGCCCGAUUCACGGAAGGGGACACUGAGGCAGGACGCGGGCCUCCACUGGCCACUUCAGCGGCCAGAAGCAGAAUUCCGUGCCACCAGCUCUCUCUGCAGUCGCUCAGAACCGCCUACCCUGGCUUGGUCCUACCCUCAGAGCAAGCGAACCCCGAGGCGGAUUCAAGAACUCUGCGGCUUUCUGGGGUGGAGAGGGCCUGGCGGCACGGACUAGAGGCUGUGCGGCUCCGGGAGCCCCGCUGGAGGCUCCCCUCCCAGGCUCUGAUGCAAUCACAACCCAUCAUUUUGAAGAGAUCUUUCUGGUCUGAACAAGAUGCUUGUCACCUCCACUCAUGUUCUAGCAGCAAGAACUCAACCCCAGAGCAGUAUGUGACCUUGUGGUUACGACGCCAAGCCUGUGUCCCGUAUUGGAGCACCGGGUUUCGUUCCUGGCUCCGGCUCCUGAUUCCAGCUUCCUGCUAACCUGCACCCUGGGAGGCGGCAGUGAUAGCUCAAGUAAUUCUCUUCCUUCCACUCAUGUGGGAGUCCUGGAUUGACUUUCUGGAUCCUGGUUUAGGAUUGGCGGAGGCAUGGCCAUUGUGGGCAUCUGGGACAUGAAUCAGAAGAGGAGAACUCUCUCUUUCUCUGCGGCUCAAAUAAGUGGAAAAAAAACCCAAACAAACAAAAAAAAGGACUCAAUCACAAGGUCAUACCUAAUCUCAAAGGAUUCUGGGAACUAUAAAUGCCAAGAGCAUUGGGAAAUAAAGCCCAGCCCAUGACCAGACGAAGAGGAAGUAGAAACAAUGAUCAUUAACCAAUGCCACCCUGACCAUGCCAGCUUCAUAGAGGCCCCCGUGGAGUCAGUGCCAGCCCUGCUCUCUCUCUCAUUUGAUUGACUGUCAGCAGUGGUGGUGCAGAUGAAAGGGUGCCUGCCCCUGGCCACGUGACUCUAGGGCCUUCGCACCUCCUGAGGCAUGGCGUGUCCGUGGUGGAGAGUGGGCUUUGGCGCCUGUCUCCUGAAAAGGCAGCUGAGCCGUGGGCCCAGUGUCAUCGGAUGGGAAAAGGGGGUAAUUCUAGGACUCAGCAGAAGUAUCUACAGCGCCACGGGAAAGUGGACCAAGGAGUACACGCUGCAGACAAGAAAGGAUGUUGAGAAAUGGUGGCAUCGGCGGAUACGCGAACAGCCGUCCAGUCUUUCAGAAACGGACUUGACAGUGAAGUGGCCUCCAGCAGAUCCUUCAGGAGGUGUCAUGGGAGAGGUUGUCAUGGGAGAUGACCCUGAAAACCUGUCAGGAGAACAGGAUGUGCAGAAAUCAAAGCCCAAGUUUUACGUGCUCUCCAUGUUUCCUUACCCUUCUGGCAAGCUGCACAUGGGCCACGUCCGCGUCUACACCCUCAGCGACACCAUUGCGAGGUUCCAGAAGAUGAGAGGGAUGCAGGUCAUCAAUCCUAUGGGAUGGGAUGCAUUCGGAUUGCCUGCUGAGAACGCUGCAAUUGAGAGAAAUCUGCAUCCAGAAAGUUGGACACAGAGUAAUAUUAAGCACAUGAGGAAACAGCUGGAUCACCUGGGCCUCUGGUUCAGCUGGGAUAGGGAAGUAACUACGUGUCUGCCAGACUACUACAGAUGGACUCAGCACCUCUUUAUUAAACUCUAUGAAGCUGGACUGGCCUAUCAAAAGGAGGCCCUGGUUAACUGGGACCCAGUGGACCAAACAGUGCUUGCCAACGAGCAGGUGGAUGAACACGGCUGUUCGUGGCGUUCCGGGGCGAAGGUGGAACAGAAGUACCUCCGACAGUGGUUUAUUAAAACAACUGCUUAUGCGAAGGCCAUGAAGGACGCCUUGGCAGACCUUCCCGAAUGGUAUGGAAUCAGGGGCAUGCAAGCCCACUGGAUCGGAGACUGUGUGGGCUGCCACCUGGACUUCACGUUAAAGGUUGAUGGGCAAGCCACAGGAGAAAAGCUGACCGCCUACACGGCCUCCCCCGAGGCUAUUUAUGGUGCAUCCCACGUGGCCAUCUCCCCCAGCCACCGGCUCCUGCACGGGCACAGCGGCCUGAAGGAAGCCCUGCAGAAGGCGCUUGUCCCUGGCAGAGAUUGCCUCACACCUGUGAUGGCUGUGAACAUGCUCACCCAGCAGGAAGUCCCUGUCGUCAUCACGGCCAGCGCUGACUUCGAAGGCUCUCUGGAUUCAAAAAUAGGAAUUCCCAGCACGAGCUCAGAGGACAGGAUGCUAGCCCACGCCUUGGGCCUACCCUACUCUGAAGUCAUUGAGACUUUGCCGGACGGCACAGAGAGACUGAGCCACUCUGCUGAGUUCACAGGUAUGAGCCGGCAGGAUGCUUUCCUGGCCCUGACUCAGAAAGCCCGGGAGAAGAGAGUGGGAGGAGACGUGACAAGUGACAAACUGAAAGACUGGCUGAUCUCACGGCAGCGCUACUGGGGCACGCCGAUCCCCAUUGUCCACUGCCCGGCCUGCGGCCCCGUGCCUGUGCCCCUGGAGGACUUGCCCGUGACCUUGCCCAGCAUCACGGCCUUCACCGGCAAGGGUGGCUCCCCACUGGCCACGGCCACAGAGUGGGUGAACUGCUCCUGCCCCAGGUGCAAGGGAGCAGCCAGGAGAGAGACGGACACGAUGGAUACCUUUGUUGAUUCCGCAUGGUACUACUUCCGGUACACUGACCCUCAGAAUCCGCACAGCCCUUUUGAUGCGGCGUCGGCAGAUUACUGGAUGCCUGUGGAUUUGUACAUUGGAGGGAAAGAACAUGCUGUCAUGCACUUGUUCUAUGCACGAUUCUUCAGUCAUUUUUGCCACGAUCAGAACAUGGUGAAACACAGAGAGCCAUUCCGAAAGCUGCUGGCCCAAGGCCUUAUCAAGGGCCAGACGUUCCGCCUGCCGUCUGGACAGUACCUGCAGAGGGAGGAAGUCGAUCUCACAGGUUCUGUGCCUGUGCAUGCGAGGACCAGAGCACAGGUGGAGGUGACGUGGGAGAAGAUGAGCAAGUCGAGACACAAUGGCGUGGACCCUGAGGAGGUGGUGCAGCAGUACGGCCUCGACACCAUCCGGCUCUACCUCCUGUUCGCCGCCCCUCCGGAGAAGGACAUCUUAUGGGACGUGAAGACCGACGCCCUCCCCGGGGUGCUGAGAUGGCAGCAGCGCCUGUGGGCCUUGGCCACCCGCUUCAUCGAGGCCAGGACUUCUGGGAAGGCGCCGCAGCCGCAGCUGCUGAGUCAGGAGCAGAAAGCCGAGGCCCGGAGGCUGUGGGAGUACAAGAACGCCGUCAUCUCUCAGGUGACCGGCCACUUCACAGAGGACCUCUCGCUGAAUUCUGCGGUUUCUCAGCUCAUGGGGCUCACCGCUGCCCUCAUGCAAGCCUCGCAGAGCGUCGUGCACCACAGCCCUGAGUUCGAGGACGCCCUGGGUGCCCUGGUGGUGAUGGCCGCCCCGAUGGCCCCGCACAUAGCCUCAGAGCUCUGGGCAGGCCUGGCGCUGGUGCCAACGAAGCUCUGUGCCCACUAUGCCUGGGACACGGACGUGCUGCUCCAGGCGUGGCCAGCCGUGGACCCACAGUUCCUGCAGCAGCCUGACGUCGUGCAGAUGGUGGUCCUGAUCAACAACAAAGCCUGCGGCAAAGUCCCUGUGCCCCAGCAAGUGGCCCAGGACCAGGACAAAGUCCGUGAACUUGUUCUCCAAAGUGAGCUGGGUGCCAGGCUCCUGCAGGGGCGAAGCAUCAAGAAGGCCUUCCUCUCCCCCAGGACUGCUCUCAUCAGCUUCCUGGUGCAAGAGUGACGGCGGGGGCUACGGCUACCACAGGGGCUUCAGCAGCCGCCUUCCCAGCCUGGGAAGGGGGAAGGAUUCUGCUGGCCUAGGGGAGGGAAGAGACCACAGUAUUCAAGACAGCUGGGCAGGGGCAGGAAGGAGAGAAGAGAAGCAAACAGGAAGCACAGUGCCCCUCCAGCCCUGCUUGGGAGCGUGAGGUUACGCUGAGAACCCAGGCAGGCUCAGGAGCGGUGCACCAGUCACCAAGCCUCCGGUGCAGCGGGAGCGGCUCCUGGCCUCAGGCUGGAUGAGAGAGCCAGUGGGCAUGCGUUCAACCGUCCACAUGUGGGGUCGGACACUGGAUCUUCAGAAGCUGCUCAGAACCCACAAGCCAGAGGAGCCGCUCCCUCUGCGUGUGUCCCUACAUGGGCUCCCGGCACCGUUCCCUGUGAGAUGUGCCCACCAGGCCUGACACGAUGCCGACAGAGGAGCGUGGAGCACUACUUCAGAACGGGAAGGAGCAGCGUCGUAGCCGCCUCCUGGGUGUGACACGUGCUGGCGGCAGGCUGCCAGUCCCCAGUCCCAGAGCCCCAGCACAGCCCCACACGGAGGCGAGCCCAGACGGCCCAUGUGGGCCCCAGACGGCAGUGACACCAUCAUGGACGCAGCUCCCAGAGACAGUCGUGAAGAAAGCGGAAUUGACCAGAGCGGGGCGGGUGCCACCCAGACGGCGCCUCCUGCGUCCCAGCCGCUGUGGUGUGGCUGCGGCGGAGACAGCCUGGGGCGGACCCACGUCAGCCGUGUACCGGGCUAGUCCUGGGCUUCUGUCAAGUCAGCAGACCGGGGAAGGGAGGGAGAAGCCAGCCGCUUUGUGAUGCUAAAAACCUUUGUUCCUGCAACAGCCUCAGAUGGGGUCCCCGCGGCCCAGCACGUAACAGAUGACUUGAGAGCAGUCAGUGUUGAUCACCUGUGACGCUGGGCCCCGUGUGUGAUCUGGAAUAAAGGCGUUCAGGAGCAGCCGGAGGUAUUCCAUCAUCGCAGACGCGCUGGCUGUGUGCCAGGCUCCUGUGGCGCACAUGGCCCUCGCUCCGGAGCUUCCUCCAUGCUAGCCGGCAGUGGUUGAGCCGUACCAGCGAUGAGUUCAGUGGUUCCCAGACUUGGCUCAAACGUUCUGUGUGUGGUCCCCACACCCAGAAAUUCGAAUGUAAUUGGUCUGGCAUGUGGCUUGGGCAUCAGGGAAUCUUGGGAACUCCACAGGGGGGGCCAGUGUUGUGGUGCAGUGGGUGAAGCUGCCACUCAGGACACUGGCAUCCCAUAUCAGAGGCCACUUCAAAGCCCAGCUGUAGCUCCCUGCUGACGCGCUGGGAGGGCAGCAAGGGUGGCCCAGAUGCUUGGGUCCCUGCUACCCGUGGCCGAGGCUCAGGUGGAAUUCUUGAAUCCUGGCUCCAGCCUAGCCCAGACCUGGCCGUUGUGGCCAUUUAGGGGUAAACCAGCAGAUGGAAGAUCUCUUCCUCAUUCUGUCACUCUUUCAAAUAAAGAAACAAAUCUUUUAAGAAAAAAA